GAGAGAAGGACAGUGACGAGCCAUAGUAGGAGAAGAUGAAGAGAGACAUCGCCGGAGGGGAGGUAACGGAACAAAAAAGAAAUGAAAAGUUUUGCUUCCAUGGAAGGGAGAUGGGAAGAAUGGCUGCAUGAGGGAUGGACGCAGGACGCUUCAGGGCGUCCAUUUCCGAAGUCGUCAUUCUCCUGGAGGCAGAAGAAGAAGCAGUCAUUCUCCUGGAGGCAGAAGAAGAAGCAGGCAGCCAUGAAAGUCUUCGAGAUUAACAAUGGAAGCACCCUCUCCCUUGCUCUCUUCACCGACGUCACCAACUCCAAGGAACUCCUAGAUUCCAUGCAAGCUGGAAAACUUGAACCAGAAGUUGCAUUUCUUAAUGCUUCACUUAUCCCAGAUGUUUUCCCUGUUCUUGCUGCUGCCCAUAAGACACUUGUUGCCAAGUCUCGUGAGUCAUUAACAACACACACUCUUCAUUCUGAACUUGUUUACAACUGCUCAGGAUCCAAGCAUAUUACCGAGUCACUUAAAAGAUGUGGCAUCUCUGAUAGCACAACCUGCAUCCUUGCAGCUCGAUUCAAUGCUUCAUCUGAUGAGAUGAAAGCUAUAGAGAAGCUUAUCAAUGGGAAAGAGAUUGAUCUGGAAGAGUUGCAGCAGAGAGCAAACCUAGCCCAGAUACAAAAGCACUACAAGAUAUCUGGUGUGGAGCUUGGGAUAUCCUCUCUUGCAGAUGCUAUAACAUGCAGAAUUGCUGCUCGAGAUGCCUUGUGAAAAAAAGGAAGAUUAUCCUUUUGUCAAUAUUGGCAACAUUCUUUUCUCCUUCCCUAAUGGAGGAUAAUAGUCUUCCUCUUCUGGAUGUGAAGAGGAUAUGAAAAAGGCAACAGGGAAGAAAACCCAAGUGUUUGUAGUUGGACAGUCCUGGUUGGAAAUAUGUGUGACAAUUGCGUGGAGAAAGGGCUGUGAUUUGGAAUACUUGAAUACUAACAUAAACUGUCGUAAGUUGUUUAUUCUCUUUUGUUUUUGGUAAUUUUAACUAAAUUUGCAAGUUUGAGCUUUGGAGUUGAACAUCCAGUCUCUCAACUUAAUUUCAAGGUUUAGUUAGCAGCGAAGUACCUGCGUUUUGUUAAGCUAAUUGAUAAUAGCGGUAGCUUCUUUGAAAACAUUAUUAUUUUACAAUAAAUAAAUUAGAUUUUU